AUGGUUUCUAUGCCGGCUGAGCUGCCUGCCGGCUUUGUGGAGGCCAAGCAGAUUAAAGACAAAUCUCUCCGCCUGGGGUUUGGAGGCGAAGGCUGGGCUGACACCCCACUCUUUGCCUGCUUUCUCCUUUUGGCUGCAGAUGUGAAGUAUGUGGAGAACUCCAGCGUGGUGAAGGAAGCCCAGGAAAAAGCCAACUUGGCCCUGAUGGAAUACACCAUCGUCCAUUAUCCCCACACCAUGGACAAAUUCCGGCACCUGCUGAUCCAGUUGGCCGACAUCCGGGCCCUGAGCAUGCAAGCCGAAGAGUACCUGUACCAUAAACACCUGGGCGGGGAGGUACCCUGCAACAACCUGCUGAUUGAAAUGCUGCACGCUAAGCGGACUUGAGGGCUUCUCUUUUGCCCCAGGAGAUGGACGGA